UCCCCUUCCUCGUUGGUCUCCUGUCACCAUGGCGCUGGCAGUGUUGCGGGUCCUGGAGCCCUUCCCGACCGAGGCACCCCCGUUGGCGGUGCUGCUGCCCCCCGGGGGCCCGUGGCCUGAGGCGGGGCUGGGCCUGGUGCUAGCCCUGCGGCCCGCAGAGGAGAGCCCCGCAGGGCCGGCGCUGUUAGUGGCGGCCCUGGAGGGGCCGGGCGCGGAGACCGAGGAGCAGGGUCCAGGGCCCCCGAAGCUACUGGUUAGCCGCGCGCUGCUGCGGCUACUGGCUCUGGGCUCCGGGGCGUGGGUGCGGGCGCGGCCUGUGCGGCGGCCUCCGGCGCUAGGCUGGGCGCUGCUUGGCACCUCGCCGGGGCCCGGACUGGGACCGCGAAUCGGGCCGCUGCUGGUGCGGCGCGGAGAGGCCCUGCCAGUGCCCGGACCGCGGGUGCUGGAGACGCGGCCGGCGUUGCAAGGGCUGCUGGGCCCAGGGACGCGACUAGCUGUGACUGAGCUCCGUGGGCGAGCCAAACUGGGUCAGGAGGCUAGGGACAGCAGCCGGCCCCCACCCCCACCCGUGGUGUCCUCCUUCGCGGUUAACCGCACAGUCCGGAGACUGCGGGGAGUUCUGGGAGGGAUUGGAGAUUCGCUCGGAGUAAGCCGGAGCUGUCUCCGUAGCCUGGGCCUCUUCCAGGGCGAAUGGGUAUGGGUGACCCGGGCGGGAGAAUCUUCUAACACUUCCCAGCCACAUUUGGCCAAGGUUCAGGUCCUAGAGCCUCGCUGGGACCUCUCUGAAAGGCUGGGACCCGGCUCUGGACAGCCGGGAGAGCCCCUCGCAGACGGACUGGCCCUCGUGCCUGCCACUCUGGCUUUUAAUCUCGGCUGUGAUCUCCUGGAAGUGGGAGAGCUCAGAAUUCAGAGGUACUUGGAAGGCUCCAGAACCCCUGAAGACAAUGGAAGCUGUUCACUGCUGUCUGGGCCUCUGUUUGCCAAAGAGUUACACAUCGAAAUUGUGUCCUCUCCACAUUACAGCACCAACGGAAAUUACGACCGUGUUCUUUACCGGCACUUUCAGACACCCAGGGCAGUCCAGGAAGGGGAUGUUCUGUGUGUGCCAACAGUUGGGCAAGUAGAGAUCCUGGAAGGAAGCCCAGAAAAACUGCCCAGGUGGCGGGAAAUGUUUUUUAAAGUGAAGAAAACUGUCGGUGAAGCUCCGGAUGGGCCGACCGGAGCCUACUUGGCGGACACGGCUCAUACCUCCUUGUACCUGGUGGGUUCUACCCUGAGCCCUGUUCCCAGUCUCACUUCAGGAGAAUCCACUCCCUGGAACAGCCUGUCACCUCCAGGCCUGGAAACCUUGGUGACUGAGCUUUGUGCUGCCCUGAAGCCUCGCCUCCAGCCGGGAGGUGCUCUGUUGACAGGAACCAGCAGUGUUCUUCUCCGGGGCCCCCCGGGCAGUGGGAAAACCACAGCUGUCACUGCAGCCUGUAGCCGCCUCGGGCUCCACCUGCUGAAGGUGCCCUGCUCUAGCCUCUGUGCAGACAGCAGUGGGGCUGUGGAGAUGAAGCUGCAGGCCGCCUUCUCCCGGGCCCGGUGCUGCCGGCCUGCGGUUUUGUUGCUGACAGCCGUGGACCUCCUGGGCCGGGACCGUGACGGGCUAGGGGAGGACACCCGUGUGGUGGCCACGCUGCGUCGCCUCCUCCUCGAUGAGGACCCCCUCACCAGCCGCCCACCCCUGCUGGUCGUGGCUACCACGAGCCAGGCCCAGGACCUGCCCGCCGAUGUGCAGACGGCGUUUCCUCACGAGCUGGAGGUGCCCGUGUUGUCAGAGGGGCAGCGGCUCAGUGUCCUGCGAGCCCUCACCGCCCACCUUCCCCUGGGCCAAGAGGUGAACCUGACGCAGCUGGCACGGCGGUGUGCAGGCUUCGUGGUAGGGGAUCUCUAUGCCCUUUUGACCCACAGCAGCCGGGCAGCCUGCGCCAGGAUCAAGAACUCGGGCUCGGCAGGUGGCUUGACUGAGGAGGACGAGGGGGAGCUGUGUGCUGCUGGCUUUCCUCUCCUGGCUGAGGAUUUCGGGCAGGCACUAGAGCAGCUGCAGACAGCUCAUUCCCAGGCCAUUGGAGCCCCCAAGAUCCCCUCGGUAUCCUGGCAUGAUGUGGGCGGGCUGCAGGAGGUGAAAAAGGAGAUUCUGGAGACCAUUCAGCUCCCUCUAGAGCACCCCGAGCUGCUGAGCCUGGGCCUCAGGCGCUCGGGCCUUCUGCUCCAUGGUCCGCCUGGCACGGGCAAGACCCUCCUGGCCAAGGCAGUAGCCACCGAAUGCUGCCUUACCUUCCUCAGUGUGAAGGGGCCUGAGCUCAUCAACAUGUAUGUGGGUCAGAGUGAGGAGAAUGUGCGAGAAGUGUUUGCCAGGGCCAGGGCCGCAGCUCCGUGCAUUAUCUUCUUCGAUGAGCUGGACUCCCUGGCCCCGAGCCGGGGGCGAAGCGGAGACUCUGGAGGUGUGAUGGACAGGGUGGUGUCUCAGCUCCUGGCCGAGCUGGAUGGUCUUCACAGCACUCAGGAUGUGUUUGUGAUCGGAGCCACCAACAGACCAGACCUCCUGGACCCUGCCCUUCUGCGGCCCGGCAGAUUUGACAAGCUGGUGUUCGUGGGAGUGAGCGAGGACCGUGCCUCCCAGCUCCGUGUUCUAAGUGCCAUCACACGCAAAUUCAAGCUAGAACCUUCCGUGAGCUUGGUGAACGUGCUGGAUCGCUGCCCUCCCCAGCUGACAGGGGCAGACCUCUACUCCCUCUGCUCUGAUGCCAUGACAGCUGCCCUCAAACGCAGGGUCCGGGACCUGGAAGAAGGGCUGGAGGCCGGGAGCUCGGCACUGCUCCUCACCAUGGAGGACCUGCUGCAGGCCGCCGCCCGGCUGCAGCCGUCCGUCAGCGAGCAGGAACUGCUCAGGUACAAGCGCAGCCAGCGCAAGUUUGCGGCCUGCUAGGAGCCUCCUGCCGUCCGGCCCCCGCCCCACGAGGGCCGAAGGUGCUAGGUAACCCCGCAGACUCUGUAGAGAGCAAAGGGCUCCUUCUCCGCCUGCUGCUGUCGCACCCAAAGGCUGCCUGCCUCCAGGCAGACGCCCUCGGAGCCGGAGCCGAGCAGCCCCACAAGCGCUCAAAGGGCAUCACCCCCGCCUACGGGUUUGUCCUUCCAUGCCAGCUCCAGCUCCAGGACUAAAGACACCCUGCUCAGGAGGAGGAGCUUGGGCCUGGAUGGAGCGCAGAGGUUGGGCCCCAGAGGGAGCCCAGUCUUGGCUGAAAAUAAAGUCUAUGCUGCCCCCUG